AAUAUUACGUGUUCCUUUGGUCCCAUUACCUAAAAAAAGAUGGACCUACCAUAAAGAGACUUGGCCAAAGCUUCAUCCGACUGAUUCCUGAUGUGGCAAGUUUGUGCUUUGAGGAGGGAUUGAGGAGACCGGCCCUGCAUUCUUUAGUGUUUCAAAGAAUGAGAAGUGAUCUGGUUGAAACUUACAAAUGUUCUUAAUGAGCUUGAUGCAGAAAUAAUUCUUCCCCUGGUUCAGGGGUCUUGUACCAGGAGGUACAGCCUCCAAAUACAGGCCAUUUAUGACUGAGAUGAGGAGAAAUUUUGUCUUCAAGCAGGUUGAGAGCCUUUGCAAUUCUCUCCAACAGAGGGCUGUGGAAACUCAGUCAAUAAUAUCUUCAAGGGUUUCUAGAUACAAAUGGCAUUAAGGUAUAUGAGGAUAACACAGGAAAGUGGCAAUAAGGUAAAUGAUCAGCCAUGAACUAGAAUGGUGAAGCAAGAUCAAGGGACCAAAUGGCCUACCUUCAUUCCUAGCUUUCAAACCUUAAUCUAUUCAAUUGCACCACUAAAUGCUAUAGUGGGAAUUAAACCCAAAUCCCCAAACCUGUAAUCUGGGACUCUGGGUUACUGGCCCAGUGACAGUGGUGAGAGCAACCUGCUUCGUUUAAAAACAAAUUUACUUGUUGCCCAGCAACAGUUCAAAUAUAUUUAUGGAAUUUGUCUGCAGCAGUGACAUUGAACAACUAGUUUUACAGGCUGACUAACUUUUGCGAUCACUAUAUUAAAGCAGAGCUCAUCUGACUGCAGCAUCUCUCAGUGUGUCAUCGAACUGUGCACUUAGUCUAAAACUAAGCUCUGAAACACGAGAGACUGACGGUCAUGAGUCGUAUAUGCUGAAAACCUUCAAUUAUGAAUUUGAACGUUGAACCUUCCAAGACUGCGCGACCUGCUGAACCCCAGGCAGAGAGUGUACCCUUAAUAAAAGCAACAGCAUCUGAAUCAUCACCAGCACAGAUUUCAGAAGACCACACUCCGAGCUCUAAAUACAUUGAACUCCAGGCACUGGGUAUGCCCAUUUUAGCAGAAACAAGAUUGGAAGCAUCGCCUCUGCUAUCAGCACAAGACCCCAGCCUGGGAUCUGAAUUGACGGUGCCAGCACCUCAGGAUGACUCUUCUCUCACAACAAAACCAACUGAGCCCCAAACUGCACCCUUGUUAGAAACAUCAGUAGCAGAGGGCCCCUCAGAAUCUGUACGUCACAGGCGUUGGCGCAGGAGACUCAGACCCCGCCGACGACCACCGCGUGCAUCUAAGAGGAUCCUGGUUCUUCUCUGUGCAGUCACCAUUUUCUCUGCAAUUGUAGUUGGAAUAUACUUUGUAGUGAAGCAUUUGGAGAGGCCAAUUGAGAAUAAAAACUCCAUACCUACCGGAGGUAAUGCACCCACAACUGUCUGCAACAGAACAGACGCAUACGAUAGCAGUGCAACGUCAAGCCCAGUCUCUUUCAGAAUUAAUACUGAGAACUCUCUACUGGAGAUAUAUCACGAGUCGAAGCAGGCCUGGCUUCCCGUGUGUGAUGCGAGUUGGAACUCCUCGCUGGGUCAACUGAUGUGCAGAUACAUGGGACGUGUUAAGUACCUGAAUUCCAGUAUUGCAAGUGUGAGUGAGAUUGGACCCAACUACACACAAGGAUUUGCUGAAAUCACUGAUGCAUACAACAGAAAUUUAGAGGAGAUCUGGAGGUACAGGGCUAGCUGUGCAUCUGGAAAGGUAAUAAAACUGAAAUGCUCUGACUGUGGGGAGAAGCAUGACUUUUCCAUGAUCGUUGGGGGACAUGAAGCCGAAAUGGGGAGCUGGCCCUGGCAGGUCACAUUGUACAAUAAAUACCAACAUAUGUGUGGAGGCUCCAUCAUUAACCGAUACUGGAUCAUAACUGCAGCACACUGUGUAUACAGGUCACCCCAUCCCUACAGCUGGUUGGUGUACGCUGGCAUUCUGGAUAGGCAGGUCAUUCUGUUCAGCAGUGUCACCAGCUACUCAGUCGAGAAAAUCAUUUACAACGAGAACUAUGAUGACGACACACAUGACUCUGACAUCGCCCUCAUGAAGCUAAAAAAGCCAGUGGAGUUUUCAAAUACAGUGAGAUCAGUUUGCCUGCCACCAUACAAUCAACAGUUCAUACCAGGUAGACAGUGCUGGAUAACUGGCUGGGGCCAUGCAAAAAUAGAUGCUUAUCAAACAGAAAAUACUUUAAAGGAAGCUUCUGUCCCACUCAUUAGCACCAAGAUGUGUAACAGCAGCUGCAUGUACAACGGUGCCAUUUCUUCCAGAAUGUUCUGCGCAGGUUAUAAGGCGGGUAAAGUUGAUGCAUGCCAGGGGGACAGUGGUGGCCCUUUGGUCUGUGAGAAUAUCCAAGCGUGGCAUUUGACCGGAGUAGUGAGCUGGGGCAUUGGCUGUGCUGAAGCCAAUCACCCGGGAGUUUACACAAAAGUGUCCGAAUUCCUGGACUGGAUAUACAGCACCAUUGAGCGCUUCGAUACAUCCGCCUCUUAAAAAAAUUCUCAAGUCUUCUAAACAACGAUGAAGAAGUUAAUGUAUAGAAGAAGACCAGCCAGUGACUCAGAGAGAGCUGAAGGACUCACACAAAUGCUGUUUCCUGACUUUAGAUUUGGAAAAAUUGUGUGGGUUAUUUUCUUACUAUGAGAAAAAUAAGAAACAAAAUAUGACCCUAGGCUCACUGAGUGAGUUAAUUUGUGUGUAAGUUUUUGUUUAAAAUGUGCCCAGUAAUCUGGUUUUCCCAUAAUGGGACAUUAGAGUACACAAUGCAGUCAGUUAUAGCCUCUAUGACGAUAUCCUUUCAAAGAAAACUGUUCUUCACACAACUGAAAGCCAUUAAAUGAAUAAGGUUUGAUACAUAUUAGCUGCUUGAGUCUGAACACUUUGACAUUCACCUCAUUAAAAAUUGGAAAUUAAAAGACAGUUUUGCAAACUUCAUAAAUCUACUGUUUGAGAUUCGUUCUCCAUUUCCAGCAGAGGUUUUGGGAAAUGUUGUGGGCAAGGCGCAUGCAGCAUGGCCAUCCUUAACAGUUACUUGACAAUGUGAAAUUACUCUAAUUGGUAUUGUUAACAAAAACCCUGGCUUUAAGUACCUUGGAACUUUCUUGUGGGCAUUUCACUUUCUUCACAUGUACCACAGCAAAGAGUUCAUGCUCCAGAAGUCUGGUGACCAAGCAUUGUGUUUUUAACCCCACUGAGGAUAGAAAACAUGGAGCAUAUUAAACCUAUAUCCAAUGGAGUUUAAAAGAACAAGAUCUGAUUUUAUAGGAACAUAUGAGAUCUUGAGGGAACUGGAUUGAGUCGGUAUCCAGGAUAUGUUGCCUUUUGGGGAAAAACCGAAAUUCAAGAACAUAAUUUAAGAUUAUAAGGUCUUCCUUUGAAGCCAAAGAUUAGGUGAUCUAUUUUUCUCUAAAAGGGACAUCUGGUAGCCAUCUGAUCACACAAUAGAUGUACAGGCCUUUUGUGCAUCCCUGAUUUUUCAGAACUUCACUAUUGGUGACCAUACCAUCAGAUACAGAGGUUAAUGUUCUCUAUCUCCAAAUUUAUCUCUCUCUACCUCUUGUUCCUCUUUUCAAAUGCUCAUUUUUUUUGCCCAAGAUUUUGAUCACCAGAUCUAAUAACUUUACAAGAACUCUCUGGAAGGCAAUGGAUAUGGAGUCAGUGAAUAAUAUUAAGACAGAAUUAGUUACAUUCUUGACAGACAUGGGAAUCAAAGGGAGAUGGGUAUGUGGAAAUUAAAAGACAGUUUUGCAAACUUCAUAAAUCUACGGUUUGAGAUUCGUUCUCCAUUUCCAGCAGAGGUUUUGGGGAAUGUUGUGGGCAAGUGACAUUAUUGAAUAGAAUCAGCUGUGACCUUAUUGAAUGGAAGGGCACGCUCAAGGAAACCAAAGGCUUGCUACUGCUCCCUUUUCAUAUGUUCUUAGCCCAAUGUCAAUUUUCAUGUGAUUAUGUUCCUGUCACAUUUUAAUAUGUUAAAGAUUUUCUAUUGAUUAAAAAUACGUGUGAUAACUGUAGUCAAUAACAAUUUAAUUACUAUUCAUAGUAAUGGACAGCACAGUGGCUCAGUGGUUAGCACUGCUUCCUCAGAGUGCCAGGGACCCAGGUUUGAUUCCACCCUCAGGCGACUGUCUGUGUAGAGUUUGCGCAUUCUCCCCGUGUCUGCAUGGAUUUCCUCCCACAGCCCAAAGUUGUGCAGGCUAGGUGGAUUGGCCAUGCUAAAUUGCCCAUAGUGUUGAAGGAUGUGUAGAUCAGGUGGGGUAUAGGGUCUGGGUGGGAAGCUCUGAGGGCUGGUGUGGACAUGUUGGGCUGAAGGGCCUGUUUCCAUGCUGUAGAGAUUCUAUGAUGUGUAUUUAGAGCUUGAACUUGCUGCUUAUGAGGAGGAUAAAGGACACAUGAUCAUUAGUUUCUGAAGGAGGGUGGAUGAGCACCAGACUAAAUAUAAACAUGCAGGGCCACAGAAUGUGACUGACCGUUGAGCUCUUCAAAGAGUUAGUAUGGACUGGAUGGACCAAAUGGCAACCUUCCAUGUUUGUGAUGACUCUAUGACUCCAUAAAAACAUAAAUUGUUAAAAAGGUCAUGAGAGCUGUCAACGAACUUGAUACUAAAAAAUACAGAAUUUUGUCAUAAAUGCCAGAAAAAGUGUUGAGAACACAUUCAUGUAAAAAUUUGAAAAUGUACAUAUCUACCUGUUGAUGGUGCUGCCAAUUACUAAAUCAAUAGGCCCGCUGUCCAGUUGAUGAUGUACCUCCCAGUUAAUGGCACAAAUUUAUUAAAUGCCACCCUCUAAGCAUUACCUCCUCUCUACCUCUUGCUCCUCUCUCAAAAUGCUCCAUUAAACUGUUUUGCCCAAAUUUCUGGGUACUAGCACUGAGCUUCCUUGUUGGAACUCUCCCUUGAAUGGCUAUGGAAUCAGGGCCAUUGAGUAAUUUUAAAACAGAGGGGAAUAGAUUCCUAUUUGUAAAGGUUAUUGGGAGUAAAUGGGAAUGUGGAAUUUGAAGCACAAAAAACUUCUAUUUCCCUGAUUGAACUGU